AUGACCCCUCCCAGAUCGCUGGUCUCUCUUUGGAUUGAUCAUCCAGUGCCUGGUUUGCAUGAGUCUCCAACUCGGCUCACCUAUCUCCUCUCGAUCUAUCGCAAAGUUCAUAAAUCAGAUCCUGAAUUCCGUCUGUGCUUCGAGUACCUUGUAGCUAUUCUACUGGUAGACAAGAAAAAGAUCGAGAAAAAAGGUCGAUUGUCAAUAGAAAGAGUCUCACCUUUCAUCGUGCAAGACCGAUUGCAGUUCAUCUCGCCGUUUUGCAAGCACUACAUGUUUCACCUUGACCCAAACAACUUCACAGAAGAUGCCUGGUCUCACGCCAAACCUCGACUGCCACACUACCAGCAUCCGGUGAAUGAAGAAUUGUUCGAUAAGGAGCCAGAGGAAAUCAAGGCUGCGCUGUACUACAACUCAUGUUUCCAGACCGACCCGGAACUCUCGCCUGUUCAUCCCAGCGAGGAGCAGAAAACUCUGUGCCUGGAGCGCGACGGGAGAAAGUGUGUGUUGACGGGAGAGUCCAACACCCGGGUCUUCCAUUUCAUUCCCAUCACAUGGAACGAUACAGUGGAACACAAUAACGCCACCGGAAUUCUCAAACAAGCAAGUGUCGAGUUGGCUGAUGUCGACCUUGUGGACGAUCCUGGCGAGAUAUGUAGUGUAAGCGGACUUGGCUCAUCUCACAAAGCAUGGAACAUGCUAUGCGUUCAGGAACAUCUGUACGACCAUCUCGUCAAGGGUCUCUGUGCUUUCAAGUUUAUGAGAUGCACGAAGCUUGGUCACGGUAAGGCCUCGGUGAAACUUAAAUUCUACUGGAUGCCCAAGUUGCCAACACGGUCUAACUUUGAUUUGGGCGAUGGGGCCAAUCUGAACAGUGGGCACUCCCAAUUCAGGCAUGAAGUAUUCGAGCUAUUCAAACGCAUUGAUGCGUAUUAUUGGCAUGGAUGUCCCACAAGGUUUGAAGAGACUUUUCGCAUGGGCCAGACAAUCGUGUCCGGCCACCAGGUCGACAUAAGGAUGUCUGAAGAGGACGCGGAGAAAUUUGAGUCUGUGGUCAAAGUACACUGGGCCUGUGUCUUGUUCACAGCCCUUUGCGGUGCUGCUGGGCGUGCUUGGGACUUGACUGGUAUGGAUCUAAGUGAUGGGUCUUUGCAACCGAGGGUUCACGAAUUCGAGGCCGACGAGCAGGAACAAACCAUGGACAUCAAGGAAUCAGGAAUGAUCGAUUCCAACUUCUCCCUGGAAGAAUAUUUCUAG